GCCGGCCCGCACUAGGACUCGCGGGCGCUGCGGCUGCCGCCCUCCCGGUGGUAGCCGACGUGACUGUCGAGGACGAUGAGGCCAGCGGGGUGGCUCAGGAGACGUCCCCCGGGGAGCAGGAGGAGGAAGCCGUGGAAGCGCCCGCCCCGAGUGGAAGCAGCUGCAGAUCAUUAGUAAUUAUAAGUACAUUGGAUGGACGGAUUUCUGCUCUAGACCCAGAGAACAGUGGUAGAAAACAGUGGGAUCUGGAUGUGGGAUCAGGUGCUCUCGUUUCAUCAAGCCUCAGUAAACCAGAGGUAUUUGGGAAUAAGAUGAUAAUUCCCUCCUUGGAUGGAGACCUUUUCCAAUGGGAUCGUGAUAGAGAAAGCAUGGAAGCUGUUCCUUUCACUGUUGAAUCUCUUCUUGAAUCAUCCUACAGAUUUGGGGACGAUGUUGUUCUGGUUGGAGGAAAGUCUUUGACAACAUAUGGACUGAGCAUAUAUUCAGGAAAGGUGAAAUACGUAUGUUCAGCAAUGGGCUGUCGUCGCUGGGAUGAAGAUGAGAUAGACCAGGAAGAUAUUCUUCUUCUGCAUCGAACCCAGAAAACAGUCCGUGCUGUUGGGCCCCGCAGCGGCAAUGAAAAGUGGAAUUUUAGUGUUGGUCAUUUUGAACUGCGCUACGUUCCAGACACUGAAACAAGUGUAGGAUUUAUUGAAGGCAAUUUAAAAUUCAAUCUAAACCAAGAAGCUUCUAAAAUCAUUUCGGAUGUGGAAGAGCAGGAGGCUAUAAUGAAGGAUACAGUGAUAAAGGUCUCCGUAGCUGACUGGAAGAUUAUGGCAUUCAAUAAGAAGGGGGGACACCUGGAAUGGGAAUAUCAGUUUUGCACUCCAGUUGCUUCUGCCUGGCUGGUUAAAGAUGGCAAAGUUAUUCCAAUCAGUCUCUUUGAUGAUACAAGCUACACUUCAAAUAAUGAUAUCUUAGAAGACGAAGAGGACCUUGUGGAAGCUGCCCGUGGAGCUACAGAGUCCAGUGUUUAUUUAGGAAUGUUCAGAGGCCAGCUGUACCUUCAGUCAUCAGUCAGAAUUUCUGAUAAAUUCCCAACCAACCCUAAAGCUUUGGAGUCCAGAAAUGAUAAUGCAGUUAUACCGUUGCCCGUGAUCAAGUGGAAACCUUUGAUUCAUUCCCCUUCUAGAACUCCUGUGCUGGUGGGAUCUGAUGAGUUCGAUAAAUGCCUCAGUAAUGACAAGUUUUCUCAUGAAGAAUACAGUAAUGGUGCCCUUUCAGUCCUGCAGUAUCCCUACGAUAAUGGCUAUUUUUUGCCCUAUUACACACGAGAGAGGAACAGACGAAGCACUCAGAUCACUGUCAGGUUUUCUGAAAACAUGAACUACAAGAAUAUCCGUAAAAAAGAUCCAGUUUUACUUCUGCACUGGUGGAAAGAAAUAAUUAGCACCAUCUUAUUCUGCAUUGUGGCUACAACUUUUAUUGUGCGCAGACUUUUCCAUCCUAAUGCUCGUAAUCGACAGCGGAAGGAGUCUGAAACCCAGUGUCAGACAGACAGUAAAUAUGAACCUGUUGCUGGACAAACUAAAGAUAACAGCUUGGUUGACUUAAAGGACUCUGGAUAUGUGUCAAGAUAUCUAACAGAUUUUGAACCAAUUCAGUGUCUAGGUCGUGGAGGGUUUGGAGUAGUGUUUGAAGCCAGAAACAAAGUAGAUGAUUGUAACUAUGCUAUUAAAAGAAUUCGUCUACCAAAUAGGGAGCAGGCUCGUGAAAAGGUGAUGCGUGAAGUUAAAGCUUUAGCGAAACUUGAACACCCUUGUAUUGUUCGUUAUUUCAAUGCUUGGCUAGAAGCACCACCUGAGAGCUGGCAAGAAAGAAUGGACAAACUGUGGCUAAAAGAUGAAAGUAUUGAUUGGCCACUCAGUUCUCCCAGUCCAGUGGAAGUGCCAUCAUUUAAAAUUAGAACUGAGCCAUUCUCUGCAAAGGAACACAUUGAAGUUAUUGCUACAUCUGUAGAAAGGAAGACCUUGCUUUCUGUUGGGAUACCUUGUGGCCGAUCAGAUUCAUCAGAGAGCCAGUUUUCCCCACUGGAAUUUUCUGCCAUUGAUAAUGGAGACCUGAGCCAGGUGGCAGAUCCUGUGUUACACAUGCAAGACAGUUUCCUCGCUGACUAUGAUAUAGAUGGUAGUACUGUUGAUGAAAAUGAUCCUGGACACUCCUUUGAACUUUGUCUUCCAGCCAUGCCAACAGUAAGGGUGAGGGAGAGGACUUCUUCAUCUAUUGUUUUUGAAGACUCUGGUUGUGAUAAUACUUUAAGUAAAGAGGGUAACACCUAUGAUUCACUUCAUGAUAGCCACUGUGAGGAUAAAGCAACAAGCACAAAAGGAUCCAAUAAUAGGAUGUCAUCUUCAGCAAGUCCUUUGUCCACUUCUCCACCAAGACCAACAACCUUAAGCUUGGACUUUUCUAAGAACUCUGCACAGAAAGCGUUACCUACCACUCCAAAAGUGUACCUUUACAUCCAGAUGCAACUCUGUAGGAAGGAAAACCUUAAAGACUGGAUGAACAGGAGAUGUUCCAUAGAGGAGAGAGAAAGAACAGAGUGCCUGCUGAUAUUCCUACAGAUAGCUGAAGCGGUUCAGUUCCUGCACAGUAAAGGGUUAAUGCAUCGGGACCUUAAGCCUUCCAACAUAUUUUUCACAAUGGAUGACAUAGUAAAAGUUGGGGAUUUCGGGCUAGUGACUGCGAUGGACCAAGAUGAAGAGGAGGAAUCCGUUCUAACGCCAAUGCCAGCUUAUGACAGGCACACAGGGCAAGUUGGGACCAAGCUCUACAUGAGCCCAGAACAGGUCUAUGGAAAUGCUUAUUCACACAAAGUGGAUAUCUUCUCUCUGGGUCUGAUCUUGUUUGAGCUCCUUUACCCUUUCAGCACCCAAAUGGAAAGAGUGAGGACACUGAGUGAAGUCAGGAGCUUGGUUUUCCCUCCACUGUUCAUUCAGAAAUAUACACAGGAGUAUGCAAUGGUAAAGCACAUGCUCUCUCCAAGUCCCACGGAAAGACCAGAAGCUGCAGACAUUAUAGAAAACCCUUUAUUUGAAGACUUGGAAUUCCCAUCAAAACCAGUGCUCAGGCAGAGGUCACGGACAAUGAGUUCAUCUGGAAUUAAGUAUCAAAGAUAGCUCAGUAAAUAUUUUGGCACAACUAUUAUGAGCACACUGAAAGGACUCAACAGUAGCUAUUCAGCAAGAGAAUCUAACAUCAAGCAACAUCUUUGGAAUAUUAAUAUUCUGAGCUUUAUUUUCUCAUGUCAGAUUCAUUCACAAAAUUUACCAUUGUAUGAAGCUAAGCAUUUAAUGUUUUCUGUCCUCUUGAAGCAAAUGACUUUCACAUCAUAACUUGGCCUAUUUUGGUUCUCAUAAACAUUUUUGAGUUUGAAUCUUGUAAAUAUUUUCUAGGAAAUCGGAAAGGAUGCAUAUUAUGUAUAUAGAAUUAAAUUCUGUAUUUUUAUAGAACCAAUCAGUCUCUAACCCUGACAUAUAGGUCCUGAUUACAUUAAUUUAACAUAUGAAGAUGAUCUUAAAAGAAACUAAAAUAUAAAACCUCUUUAUUUUGUCCCUGGAGAAUAACUUGAACAAUGCAAAUUGUCGUCAGCCACUUUUAGAGCAAAUUGUGAUAUGUUUCUACACAGUACAGGGUUAUUGAAAAGCUGUUAGAAGAAGAUGGAAGAAGAUUUGGCAAAAAAAAUGGUUGGAUACAGGCUUGAAUUGCCACAGUAACAAAUGAAUCAUUUAUUCAUUUUUUUUGUAAUUCCUGGAAUGUAAUAUCUAAUGUAAUCUUCCAAGCUUGUAGUAAUCAAGUCUUAUGCAUUUCUUUGAUAGGAUGUUAUUGUUUAAUAACACCUUUUCUCACUGUUCUCACUGUAAAUAUGUUAAUUUUUAUUUAUAAAAUUGCAAGAUCAAUCCUUUUGGGUUGGUGGUGUACAGUAUGCACUUGGAACAAUUGUUAGGUGCAUUUAAUUACUGUGACUUCUUUCAAGUCUGAUUUAAUAAAAUCUUUUUAUUUA